AUGCCUGCACUUCAAAGCUCUCCAAUGGUUAGUACUCCUUCAACUACUGCCAGCCUUUCACCUAAACAAUUUUCGCCUACUCAGCUCUCCAUCAUGGGGGAACCAAAGCGUAGUCGCGCCCAUGAAUCGGCCAGUAGCUUUUGUGUUCCUCCAUCCAACUUCCAAAAGAUUGCUGCCGAGUUCAUAGGUACCUACAUUCUCAUGUUUGCUGGCUGUGGAGCUGCUCUUACUGAUAGGGAAAGGGCACUUACAAUUCUGGGCAUAGCAAUGGUCUGGGGUUUGGUGCUGAUGGCGCUGAUAUAUGCACUUGGUCAUGUCUCCGGGGCCCAUUUCAACCCUGCAGUGACUCUUGCCUUUGCUGCUUCAAGCAGAUUACCAUUAUUACAUGUGCCCAUGUAUGUCUUACCUCAGCUGUUGGGUUCUACACUUGCAUGCCUCACCCUGAGAGUACUGUUCAAUGACCAAGGCGAUAUAAAGCCGACAGUCACUCAGUACUCUAGUUCAACUACUGAUCUUGAAGCCAUUACAUGGGAAUUCAUAAUCACUUUUUUCCUAAUGUUCAACAUCUGUGGUGCUGCUACUGAUGAUAGAGCGGACAAAGCGCUCUCUGGAGUUGCAAUUGGAGCUACAGUGUGGUUUAAUGUCCUGAUUGCCGGGCCUAUUACCGGAGCUUCUAUGAAUCCUGCGAGGAGUAUAGGCCCUGCUAUAGUUUCUGGUGUUUAUAAUAAUCUCUGGGUCUUUGUCAUAGCCCCCAUCCUUGGAGCCAUGGCUGCAACCUUGGUGUACAGUGUUCUCCGGCUUCCAAAGCCUGAACGAAGUGAGGAGAACACCAAAAGCACGUACAAUGAUCUAUUUCUACGAUCAGAGGUCUAG